GCCUGCUGGACGCUGGAUUAGAAAGCAGCAAAAAAGCGCUUGUGCUGGCUGCAGCCCCUCCGCGUGUGGGCUCAGAGGGACGGGGCUGGGAGCGGAGUUGCAGCACGCAGGCCCCAGGAUGCAGGCCCUGGUGCUUCUCUGGAUUGGAGCCCUCCUCGGGCACAGCAGCUGCCAGAACCCCUCGGGCCGCCCGGAGGAGGGCUCCCCAGACCCCGACGGCACAGGGGUGCCGGUGGAAGAGGAGGAUCCCUUCUUCAAGGUCCCUGUGAACAAGCUGGCAGCAGCAGUCUCCAACUUUGGCUAUGACUUGUACCGGGUGCAAUCCAGCAUGAGCCCCACGGCCAAUGUGCUCCUGUCUCCACUCAGCGUGGCCACCGCGCUCUCCGCCCUCUCGCUGGGAGCGGAGCAGCGAACGGAAUCCAUCAUUCACCGGGCUCUCUACUACGACCUCAUCAGCAGCCCAGACAUCCAUGGCACCUAUAAGGAGCUGCUUGACACUGUCACUGCUCCCCAGAAGAACCUGAGGAGUGCCUCCCGGAUCAUCUUUGAGAGGAAGCUGCGCAUCAGAUCCAGCUUUGUCGCACCCCUGGAAAAGUCGUACGGAACCAGGCCCCGGGUCCUGACAGGCAACCCUCGCUUGGACCUUCAGGAGGUCAACAACUGGGUACAGGCGCAGAUGAAAGGGAAGCUCGCCAGGUCCACAAAGGAGAUGCCCAGUGAUGUCAGCAUCCUCCUCCUCGGCGUGGCACACUUCAAGGGGCAGUGGGUAACAAAGUUUGACUCCAGAAAGACUUCCCUGGAGGAUUUCCACUUGGAUGAAGAUAGGACUGUGAGGGUCCCCAUGAUGUCAGACCCUAAGGCUAUUUUGCGCUAUGGCUUAGAUUCUGAUCUCAACUGCAAGAUUGCCCAGCUGCCCUUGACCGGAAGCAUGAGUAUCAUCUUCUUCCUGCCCAUGAAAGCGACCCAGAAUUUGACCUUGAUAGAAGAAAGCCUCACCUCUGAGUUCAUUCAUGACAUAGACCGAGAACUGAAGACCGUCCAAGCGGUGCUGACCGUCCCCAAGCUGAAGCUGAGUUACGAAGGCGAAGUUACCAAGUCCCUGCAGGACAUGAAGCUGCAAUCCCUGUUUGAUUCACCAGACUUUAGCAAGAUCACAGGCAAACCUAUCAAGCUUACUCAAGUGGAACACCGGGCUGGCUUCGAGUGGAAUGAGGACGGGGCAGGGGCCACCCCCAGCCCAGGGCCGCAGCCUGCCUACCUCACCUUCCCCCUGGACUAUCACCUCAACCAGCCUUUCAUCUUCGUACUGAGGGACACAGACACCGGGGCCCUUCUCUUCAUUGGCAAGAUUCUGGACCCCAGGGGCACCUAAUACCCCAGUUUCAUAUUCCAGUGCCCUAGAAGAAGACCCCAGAGGGACAGAUUCCACACCACCCGAAGGCUGCCCCUGUUACCUUUCAGUGCAUACAAUAAAAGAGCUCAAUCCUUCA